CCCAUUGAUUUCUCCUCUGAGAGCAGUUCCCUGUAAUUUCCCCAUCUCUCUGUCUCUGUAAUUCAUUCAAAUAAAGAUCAGAUCCCUCUCUCUCGAGCCUGAGACACUCGGCUCCACACCCAUUUGGCUUUCUCCGUGUUCAUUGGGUCUUUGGAUUUUUCUGAUUCCGCUGUAAUAUCAUUGGCGCAUCUGUACGAUUACAAAAUUUCCAUCCAUUCUUGUUCCAGAUCCGUGCUACCAAAUUUUGUCGGUAAUCCGAACCUCCUCUUCUCACCAUUUACCAUUUACUUUGAAUUUGUCGAGAAUUCGAGGAUCUGGAUAAGUAUCUCCGAUUCUGUGCUUUGAUUUCUCUUUCGCUCUUGAUCCGUAUGCCAUAUCUCCAAUUGUUCUUGAGUUAGCGAAGUUUGGGCGUUGAUUUUCGUUGAGUAUAUACUAGAACAAUGUCUUCCAUUCGAUUGGAUUCGAAACAGUACUUCACAACCAGCGGCCUUGUGAUUGGUUAUGCGCUUUGUUCGAGCUUGCUUGCUGUGAUAAACAAGUUCGCCAUUACGAAAUUUAACUAUCCUGGACUUUUGACGGCUCUGCAGUAUCUAACCUCUGCUGUUGGAGUUUGGGUUUUAGGGAAACUUGGGUUUUUGCAUCAUGAUCCCUUUAUAUAUGCAACUGCUAAGAAGUUUUUGCCUGCCGCGUUUGUGUUCUAUCUAGCAAUCUUUACCAACACAAAUCUUCUUCGUCAUGCUAAUGUGGAUACCUUCAUAGUGUUCAGAUCCUGCACUCCCCUUUUAGUUGCCAUUGCUGAUACCGCGUUUAGACACCAACCCUGUCCAUCUAAACUCACGUUUGGAUCGCUGCUGAUCAUUUUGGGUGGAGCUGUUGGGUAUGUAGCUACAGAUUCUGCAUUUACUUUGACUGCUUAUUCAUGGGCGUUUGCUUAUUUGGUGACAAUUACUACUGAGAUGGUUUACAUCAAACAUAUGGUUACAAAUCUUGGACUGAACACAUGGGGUUUUGUGCUUUACAAUAAUCUAAUUUCCUUGAUCUUGGCUCCUGCGUUCUGGUUCAUCACUGGAGAGUAUGUUGAUGUUUUCUCUGCCUUAGGUUCAAGUAAAGGAGAUUGGUUUCAAUAUGAUGCAUUUUAUGCAGUAUCCUUAUCUUGUGUAUUUGGUUUCCUCAUAAGCUUCUUUGGUUUUGCGGCACGAAAGGCGAUUUCAGCGACUGCCUUCACGGUUACUGGUGUCGUUAAUAAGUUCUUAACAGUUGCUAUCAAUGUCGUUAUUUGGGAUAAGCACGCGAAUCCAUUUGGUUUGGUCUGCCUCCUUUUCACAAUUUCAGGGGGUGUUCUCUAUCAGCAAUCGGUUUCUGGAGUUGGCAGUGCCCCGUCGACCGCGGAUAAGCCUACAGGAAACGAUAAUGAUCCCGAGGACAAUCGUGGCAAGCCUGGUAAACUUUCCUCCGUAUGAAGUUUUUCUUGGAACUUAGAUUUUUGGCUACUUAUGAUAAAAAGUAGGCUAUUUGGAACCUAUAUGAACUUAGGUAUUGGAUAUUUCUUUUUGAUCUUAUUAUUGAUGAAGUAUUUUUCAUGGGAUGUCAUUCACACAUGCUAGUUUUUAAGGAUUUUAUAUGUAUACUACUCUACUACUCUUCUGAUUUUUAAUGAAAGGGUUUUAUGCAUUUAGCUCA